CGGGCUUGGGGAAAGGAAGGGGGGGGUUACGGAGGCGUCGAAGGAUAAAGGAGGACGGCUUCUCGCUUCGGGCCUCAGGGGGAGCCGCCUCCAUUGUGCACAGGAAGAAGGGGAGGCCCACACCCCACCACCACCGCACACAUUACAACAACAACACUCACCACCACAGCAACACACACCCUAUAAACACAUUAACACAACAACAGUACAUCACCACAACACAUCAACAUCCCCCACAACAACAACACACCAUCACCACAACACAUACAACAAUAUACACUGCCGACGCCACCACAACAACACUCACCACAACACUCACCACCACCACAACAACAUACUGCAUCAGCACCUAUCACCACAAUAACAACACACAAGAACAACACUCACCACCACUACACACACCACCACAACAAUACACACAUGCCUACUACCACCACAACAACAACACACACCUCCCAUCAACACAACACCACACACCACCACAACAACAAUACACACAGGGAUGGUUGGGCAGACCUCAGACAACCUCCUCAUCUUACCCUUUACACGGGUUGGGUAUCCCUUAUCUGAAAUGCUUGGGAGAAAGAGUGAAUAGCUAAUAUGAUGGGAGAUGCUGCAAAACCAUGCUUUACCAGACGUAGUAAAGACCGGGGAGUUUUAAAUGAGGAAGAAUUCCAGAAGCGUGCUGUACGUCAUGAUUACCAUUUAACUGAUGAUUAUGGAAAUGGAUACAACAACAAAACAGACAUAGGACUUGAGAAGAGAAAGGGUGCCCUGGGUCACUAUGGAACAAGUCCCAGAAAAGGCGCACAUGGUGCAUUGAGUACUCCAAUUUCUUCUAAAAAUAUUGUUUACAAUCAAGGGGCAAGGAUGACUGAUGCCUCAAAAGACCAAAUCAAGAAGUGGGUAUCUGACAACCAUCACACUAAUGCAGACAGUUGGAGAGAGUACAAAUCUACAGUCCGAAUUCCUAUGGUUAUCAGGCCACGGAAGGAAUCUUCUCAUGAAUGUGAGAGCCUAGGAAGCAGAAAUGGAAGACGGCAGCUGCAAAGAGACCCAACAAGUGAAGAUGUAUCAGAUAGGAAAGGAAAUCUGGAAAUGAAGAAGCGUAGGAAACCAAGGAGACCAAGAAGAAUGAGAAAAGAAGAGAACGAUCAAGAUGAAGAAAUUGAUGGGCCAGUUAUAGAUGAGUCUGUGCUAACAGCAAAAGAAUUACUAGGAUUGCAACAGGCUGAAGAGCGACUUAAGCGUGACUACAUUUACAGGCUGAGAAAGCGACCACGGAGCUACCCAACAGCCAAAUAUACCUGCAGAUUAUGUGAUGCUUUGAUUGAGUCGGUGGCAUUUGCUCAUAAGCAUAUAAAAGAAAAAAGACACAAGAAAAACAUAAAGGAAAAACAAGAACAACAACUUCUGACAGCACUACCUCCACCAACACUUUUACAAAUUGAGGCUAUUGGGAUUGCCAUUGAGAAAGUAGUGCAAGAGUUUGGGUUAAAUAAUGAAGAUUUGGAACAAAGGCUUGGAAUUAAAGCUACCAUGGAAAAUAUAUUGCAUAAGAAAUUGCCAGAGUGUUCUCUAAGACUAUAUGGUUCUUCAAGUAGCAGAUUUGGUUUCAAAAAUUCAGAUGUAAAUCUCGACAUUCAGUUUCCUGCCAGUAUGUCCCAGCCAGACGUUCUCUUACUUGUACAAGAGAGCCUGAAGAAUAGUGAAUCUUUUAUUGAUGUUGAUGCAGAUUUCCAUGCUAGAGUGCCUGUGGUGGUGUGCAAAGAAAAACAAAGUGGCCUUGUUUGCUUGGUAAGCGCCGGGAAUGAAAACGCUUUUCUCACGACAAAUCAUUUGGCUACACUAGGGAAACUGGAACCUCAUCUUGUGUCACUAGUUAUUGCCUUUAGAUACUGGGCCAAGUUAUGUUGUGCAGAUCGUCCUGAAGAAGGAGGCUUACCACCUUAUGUGUUUGCGCUAAUGGUUAUUUUCUUUCUGCAACAGAGGAAAGAGCCUUUUCUGCCUGUUUAUUUAGGAUCAUGGGUUAGUGGGUUUUCAUUGAACAAAUUAGUGAACUUUAAUCUAAAAGAAGUUGAAGAUGACAUUGUGGUCUGGGAGCACAGUCCUCCCAUUGAUGAUCCUACUUCUUCAAAAGAAACAUCUCCUAAGAGGGGCAAGGUUCCAUUAGUGUUCAAUUCAGAUCAUCAGUGUUUAAUCCCAGUUGGACAGCUUUGGGUUGAAUUGCUUCGAUUUUAUGCCCUGGAGUUUAAUUUGGCUGACUUGGUUAUCAGCAUACGCCUCAAAGAAAAGGUGUCUCGUGAAUCAAAGGACUGGCCUAAAAAACGGAUUGCUGUGGAAGAUCCUUAUUCUGUGAAGAGGAAUGUGGCAAGAACCCUUAACAGUCAACUGGUAUAUGAGUACAUUCUUCACUGUUUACGGGCAACUUACAAGUAUUUUGCUAUGCCUCAUAAGCAGAGCACAAAAAACAAUCAGAAGACACUUCUGGAAACCUUGGCAGUACCAGAGCCUGAGAGAACUGUGAUUAAACAUAAUGUUGCCAGUACAAAGAAUGAACAUAAUGAAGCAGAGAAAAACAUAGCAGGCAGUUGUACAUCAGCUACCAAUACAAGUUUGUAUUUUCCUCAGGAGCACAUGUAUGAGUCUUCUCAGGGCUUUGGUGCUGAAAUCUUUGUGGAAGAACAGUUGACAGAUGAGAUGAGUCAUUUAGGAAUUUCUCAUGGGGACUCAGAUUGCAUAAUUGAGGAAUUUAUUUCUGGAGACAACGAGGAGUUUAAACCAAGCUGUGAAGAGACAGAGAGUGGAAAUGAAGAGGAGGAGGAGGAGGAGGAAGAGGAGGAGCAUGAUCAUGUUAUAAAAUGGCAAGGACAUCUGGAUACUAAUCAAGGUUUGGAUGAAGACAGUGAAAGUGGAGAGCUUCCAGUUCCAACUUGUGAGCAUGAUGUUGAAACUGACAGCGUUUCUGAUUUAGAAAGUUUUCAAAAUACAAUUACUCCACUGGAUGAUCUUGGUUUACAGUGCUGUGGUGUGCUGGAUGGCAAGAUUGAUGAUGAAGAGAGCACAGAAGAUACCGAUGAGCUUGAUGAGUCUCUAAUCAAGUUGGAACCAGCAACUCAGGAACAAGUAUUUGAAAUGGAUAACUCGGAAGAGGAGGUAGAAGCGGAUGAGGAAGAUGAUGAAGAAGAACACAGUAUUGUAAACCAGAGGCAUGGGAAUAUUAUCAAUACCGAAGAUGAGCUGGACAACACAUUCACUGGAUCUGGCAUGGAGGAGGCUCUUUCUGAAGAAGAACCAUUUUCAUCUGUUAAAUAUGAGGAUUCAGAACUUAGAAAGUGUGCAGAUGAACUUCCAAGAAUAGAUCUGAACAAAGAAGAGUGCUCUGAAAAAGAAGUGUUUUCAGAAAGUAACAUAACUGUAGACCAAUGUAGCAAACCUGAAUUCUUCUAUGAAUUCAAUAAAUCUGUUUUCACAAAAGGCAAGUCACCAACAGUUGUUUGCAGCUUGUGCAAACGAGAAGGUCACCUAAAGAAGGAUUGCCCAGAAGACUUCAAAAAAAUUGAGCUAGAUCCUUUGCCACCAUUAACACCCAAGUUUUCUAGUACAUUGGAUCAAGUGUGUGUUCAGUGUUACAAGGAUUUUUCUCCAAAUGUUAUAGAGGACCAGGCUCGUGAAUACAUACGACACAAUCUUGAAAGUUUCAUCCAGCAAGAAUUUCCAGGUACUAAAUUGAACUUAUUUGGCUCUUCAAAGAAUGGAUUUGGCUUCAAGCAAAGUGAUCUUGACAUCUGUAUGACAAUUGAUGGUUUGGAAACUGCUGAGGAACUUGAUUGCAUAAAAAUUAUUGAGGAACUUGCAAGAGUACUUCGGAAACAUUCAGGUCUAAGAAAUAUCUUGCCUAUUACAACUGCAAAAGUGCCAAUUGUUAAGUUUUUUCAUGUCCGGAGUGGUCUUGAAGUGGACAUCAGCUUAUACAAUACCUUGGCCCUCCAUAACACACGGCUCUUGUCCUGUUAUGCAGCUGUUGAUCCGAGAGUAAAAUAUCUCUGUUACACAAUGAAAGUAUUUACAAAGAUGUGUGACAUUGGUGAUGCAUCUAGAGGUAGCCUCUCUUCCUAUGCCUAUACUCUUAUGGUGCUCUAUUUCCUUCAGCAGAGAAGUCCGCCUGUCAUUCCUGUCCUUCAGGAGUGCUUUUCUUCUCAGAUCUGCAAAGAACCAAAGAAGCCCGAAAUCCUAGUUGAUGGCUGGAAUGUCUAUUUCUUUGACAAAAUGGAUGAACUGCCAACAGUUUGGCCUGACUUUGGUAAAAAUAAAGAAUCCGUGGGUGAAUUAUGGUUAGGACUUCUGCGUUUUUACACUGAAGAAUUUGAUUUUAAAGAACAUGUUAUUUGCAUCCGAAGAAAAAAUUUGCUGACAACAUUCAAGAAACAGUGGACUUCAAAAUACAUAGUAAUUGAAGAUCCUUUUGAUUUGAACCAUAAUCUUGGUGCUGGAUUAUCAAGAAAAAUGACAAACUUUAUAAUGAAGGCUUUUAUCAAUGGAAGAAGGGUAUUUGGCACCCCAAUAAGAGGAAUCCCUAAAGAAUAUCCCUCAAAAAUGGAAUAUUUUUUUGACCCUGAAGUAUUGACAGAAGGAGAACUGGCUCCAAAUGACAGGUGCUGCAGAAUCUGUGGUAAAAUUGGACAUUUCAUGAAAGACUGCCCAAUGAGGAGGAAAUUGAGAAGACGGCAUGAUAGUGAAGAUCCUCAAAACCAAAGAUACACAGAAAACAAAGAAAAAAGAGCUAAAGAGGAAAAGGAGACCACAGUUAAAAUGACAGAAAGAGAGGUUUCACUAAAGGAUGGGAAACUACAGAUAUGUACCCCUAAUAAAAACAAAUCGGGCCAUGGAGCAUUGGAAUCUGGAAAAGAGAAGACUCAGAAGCAGACGAUGGAGAAAUGGAAGCGACAGGAAGACAGAGAUUUGAGAGAAAAGCGUUGUUUUAUUUGUGGAAGGGAAGGACACAUUAAAAAAGAAUGCCCACAGCACAAAGGAUCAGCAGGUGUUUUGAAGUUAGAAAGUCCAUGUGGGUCCCCUUUAUCCAGUGCUGUUAAACACUCUGGACGAUUAAAUCAGGGACUACUUCCACAGGAAGAAAAGAAGAAACAGAAAGGAAAAAUAUUCUUGAGUCCCCAGUCAGGCAGCCUUACCAGUAAAUAUAUGACUCAGGGAAAAGCUUCACAGAAGCGGCCCCAUCAAGAUUCAUGAGAAACUGAAGCAAUCUUUGAAAAUGCAAUACAAGGCCGUCCAUUUCCUUAAGAAAUGUUUAUUUUCUUUAUAAUCUCUGGGUUCACAAAACAGCAGCACAGUCUUCAUCAUAAGUUUUAAAAAACAUAUUUUAAUUAAAUUGCUACAGUUGAAAAAGCAAUGGAUUUUAAUGUUUCUUCAUACCAUGCAUCCCUGCUCUUAAUAGAUUGAGCAAUUUGGUAGAAAACCACGAUGUUUGUAUUUACUACAUAACAGAUGUAAAUCAGGGAAGUUCCUAACCCAAACCACUUCUAAGUGUUUCUACAUUCAGCCUGGAUGAGUGAUUGCACUGAAAUGGUGUGCAAGCCAAAAAUAGUGUCGCCUUCAAAAUAUUAUUUUUGAAGGAUAAAAGGGGUAUUUAUUGAUGAUGAAGAUUUUCCUGAUUGCUUGUGUGAAAAGUGUUUGAAAUAUUUCUGGUCUGCUACUACCAUAUUUGCAAAUAUUUUAAUUUGUGGGGGCGCUAAAACAUGGACGUUAAGUAAACUUCUAUGUAAAACCUCUGUGGAAAAGCAGUGCCAUUGAGUGAAUUCUUCCCUCCUGUUAUUUUAUAUAAUUGAAAUGCUGCUGUGCUUGUGUACAGAGAACAGAAAAGCGAGUUCUGUUUGCUGCUGCUAUGGUUUUCCCCUAUUGUCUGCGACACUAAAGCAAAAUUCCUCAAAGGAAUCAAAGGACGUAUUUGACAGUUAAAAUAAAACAAAUGUCCAUCUGCUUUUAUGAAAGGUAAAGAUGAUGAUCUAUGUGCUGGUCAACUAUUUACUUUUGUACUUUCAUGGAGGCUUAAUGUCAGGAUUUUCUGGAGAUGGUACCAUAUACCCUUUCCAUGAAAAUUAUACAGCAAAAAAAAGUAAGCCGCUGUUAUUUAUGACAUUGAAAUAAAACCACCAAGUGAAAAAUGUA